GCCGCCCCCGCCGCCCCUGCCGCCGCCGCCGAGCGGAACCACCACCGCCGCCGCCGCCGGCGGUUCCAACCCGGGCAGCGGCGAGCUGAGCCUGCCGGGCAUCCUGCACUUCAUCCAGCACGAGUGGGCGCGCUUCGAGGCCGAGAAGAGCCGCUGGGAGGCCGAGCGGGCCGAGCUGCAGGCCCAGGUGGCUUUCCUGCAGGGCGAGAGGAAGGGUCAGGAGAACCUGAAGGCCGACCUCGUGCGGAGAAUCAAGAUGCUGGAGUAUGCUUUGAAGCAAGAAAGGUCAAAAUACCACAAGCUGAAAUUCGGCACUGAACUGAACCAGGGAGAAAAGAAACCGGAGGCCUCUGAACCAGUGUCCAAUGGGCCAGCCGAGCCCCUUUCCCUGGAGAACAGCCCCUUCAUCUGGAAAGAAGGACGCCAACUCCUCCGUCAGUACUUGGAAGAAGUGGGCUACACGGAUACCAUCCUGGAUAUGCGCUCCAAGCGAGUCCGCUCUCUGCUGGGCCGCUGCUCCAUGGAGCUGAACGGGGCUGCCGAAGCCAGCGGCCUGGGCACUGGACCAGCCCUGGCGGCCCCCAGCCUCAACGGAGGGGAAUCGCUUCUGGUCAAGCAGAUCGAGGAGCAGAUCAAAAGGAACGCAGGGAAGGAAGUGAAGGAGCGGAUCAGUAACCCCGUCCUGGAGAAGAUCCCCUUUUUGAGGGGCUGCGAGGACGACGACAGUGACGAAGAGGAGGAUAUGGAAGGCCUGUCCCUGGAGACGCAGCGGCAGCACAAGAAGCAGCGCGUAAAGCUGGCCAACAAGCCCCUGAUGCCAGAAGUGGAGGAUGAUGACGACGAUGAAGAUUCGGAGGACGCCCUGAGCGAAUUUGACUACUUGGGCUCCGGGGAAAACGGGGAAGGAUCUAGGGACACGCGGCGUGCCGGAGAUGGCAACGAACUGGGACCCCGCAGGGUGAAGCUGCAAGGGAUGCUGGCUGAUUUCAGUGACGUUGAUGGACUCUCUCCUAAGCCUUCAAUACCGGCAGCCAUGACUUCUCAGCCCAGGUCCCACGAAGGGUCGCUGGGCUUCUCCUCGGAUGUCUUCAUCAUGGACACCAUCGGAGGCGGGGAAGUCAGCUUGGGGGACCUGGCGGAUCUGACGGUCACCAACGACAAUGAGUUGAGUUGCGAUCUCUCGGACAGCAAAGACGCUUUUAAGAAGACGUGGAACCCCAAAUUCACCUUGCGGAGUCACUACGAUGGCAUUCGAGCUCUGGUCUUCCACCACCGGGAGUCGGCUUUGGUCACCGCCUCGGAGGACGGCACUCUCAAGCUUUGGAACCUUCAGAAGACCGUGGCUGCCAAAAAGAACGCUGCACUGGAUGUGGAGCCCGUCUAUGCGUUCAGAGGACACAGGGGCCCGGUGCUCUCAGUGGCCAUGGGUUGCAACAGCGAAUCCUGCUACAGCGGUGGGUCAGACGCCAGAAUCCGCUGUUGGAAGAUCCCCGAUCUUGGCAUGGACCCUUACGACGGCUACGAUCCGAGCGUGCUCCACACUGUCCUGGAUGGCCACACGGAUGCCGUCUGGAGCCUGGCCUUCAGUCUCGUGAGGAAUCGCUUGGCUUCCUGCUCGGCGGACGGCACUGUGAGGAUAUGGGACCCGUGCAGCGGCUCCUGUCUUAGCACCUACAACGCGGACAGCGAAAGCGGCACGCCAACCUCCGUCGCCUUCUCCAGCACCGAUGCCACGCGGGUGGUGGCAGCCUUCCAGACGGGCAGGGCGGUUCUCUAUGACGCGGAGGCUGCCUGCCCCAUCCUGACCUUCGAAGGCAGACCUGCCAGUGGAGCCAGUCAGAUCAACCAAGUGGUGAGUCACCCCACCCAGCCUGUCACCAUCACAGCACACGAUGACCGAGGAAUCCGUUUCCUAGACAAUCGGACAGGGAAAGCCGUGCACUCUAUGGUGGCCCACCUGGAUGCGGUUACCUGCCUAGCUGUGGAUCCCAACGGAGUCUUCCUGAUGUCGGGAAGCCACGACUGUUCGCUGCGGCUGUGGAACCUGGAUAACAAGACCUGCACGCAGGAGAUCACGGCGCACCGCAAGAAGCACGAGGAAGCCAUCCACGACGUGGCCUUCCACCCCAGCAAGGCCCUGAUUGCCAGCGCUGGAGCCGACGCCCUGGCCAAGGUCUUCAUAUGAAGGGGAGGCAGGCCUACAGGAAUCCUGCCUCUUCCGCUUCCUCCUUCCUCUGGCCCGGCAGUGGUGCUAACACAGCGCGUCCCUCACCUGCCGGGACCCUCCCCGUCUCUCCCCUGAGCUCGGGACCGAUGCCUGCUGGACAGCACGAGGGGCCAGCUGCAGCCCCUUCCUCGCCCUCGCAGCUCACCUUUCUUCACCAGCACUGAAAACGUUUUUCCACUCAUUUCAAGGCCGCCUUGUGGUUAUUAUUUCCCACCUCAGGGAGUGGAAAACCCCCCCCCCCCAAUUUACCCCCACCACCACCACACCCCCAACGGCUGUUGGAAGGGGAAGGAAACCCCCUGACUCAGUUGCUGGAGUAGCUUGGGAAGAGGCACCUGGACCCCUAAACCUCAGCCUCCUUGGGGAAGGGGCGUUGAAAUCUCUUCCCCCACCUCCGCCCCCCUUUUUGGCUCGGUUGGCUGAGGACAUUUUGGUUUUUUAAACGUUUUGGGCCGCUUUUGACGCCGCACAGACUCUUCCCGAAGACGGACAACGCGCACUGGAUGCCCAGCUCCAACGUCGGGGCCUUUGACUCGCCCUCCGGCCCCCCGGUGUGGGCUACAGAGCUCAAGAUCUGGAGGAAAUCAAGUGCCAACCUUCGCUCCUUCUGAGCCACGAGAUGAGCCCCUCUUCUGCCUCUCCUUCACCUCUUUGGCCCCUUCUAAGUUGCACGCCUGGCGUGCCUCGCUCAGCGGCGAUGAUAUUCAGAAGAGGAGACGGGGUGUCGGUCUCGUCCAACCCCCUGCCUCCAGUUUUCUCGGGCAGGCCUCCUGGAAGAGGCAGGAGAUUCUGGGUGAGGGUCUCCUCUGGUUUUGCCCGUAUUCUAAAGCAGGGGAAUCUGCAAACGUGGCCCUUUUAAGACUUGUGAAUUUCAACUCCCAGGAUUCCCCAAAGAAUUCUGGGAGUUGAAGUCCGCAGGUCUUAAAGGGGCCACGUAUGGAGACUUCUGUUCUAAAGGGGGCAGGUAAGAGAAGGGGGUUGGGGAGGGGUCCAAGGAGCAGGGCUGACAAAUCAACCAGCAAACAACCACGUGCUGGUCUACCCUGCUAGAGACGGAACAUCCCGGCUUGUUCCCCUCCUUGCUGGCAGGGGUCUUUGGGGGCAGGAGAAAGGGGUCCGCGAAUGUGAUGAAUAGGGUGAUGAGGAUGGUGAAAACUUUGGGGGAAGAAUGUUGUGAGGCCCACCCUGCGAGGUUACUCCUGGGUGACCCUGAGAGGGAGGGGAGGGGAUUCCUCAUCCUGGGCUAUGAGGAAGGUGUCCUUGCUUCUGGGUGGGUGGGCUGCGUGCUUGCAGAAGGUGGAGCCACCAGUUUUGACCUCUCUUUGACAGCUGGAAGCAAGCAAUCCACAACUUUUCUCAAUUUGGGCCACUUUUAAGAAGUGUGGACUUCAACUCCCAGAAUUUCUCAAGCUAACCAGCCAUGGGAGUUGAAGUCCAAACAUAACCGGUUGUGGAAUUCCAGAAGUUGAAGUCUUUCCAUCCUGAAGUACAAUAGCUGAGGGAAUUCUGGGAGUUGAAGUCUGGAACUUUUGAAGUUCAGUAGCAUGCUGGCUGGGGGAAUUCUGGGAGUUGAAGUCCAUACCCUUUCCAGUGGCUAAAGUUGGGGAAAAAAAACCCACUUAUUGGAGAGCCAUGCCUAAAUCCAGCUGCAUGGGAGCAAGAGGGGCACGAGAAGCCACGUUCCCACCUAUUGGGGGCCUGCACUGCGGAUCAGACCAUCCGCUAUCCUGGAGGGGUGGAGCUCUUGUAAAUUGUUCUCCCCGGCGCCUCCCAUCUUCAUCACAUCUGGGCUUCUUCAAUUCUCUGAAUUGGCCAACCUAACCUGGGCUGGGCAGCUGCCAGCCUGUGUGCCUGGCCUGGGACAGCUGUGGAAGGAGUCGCGGGCGGUUCUGCAAAGCACUGGUGUACCUCGACGCAAGGUGAGGACAGAAGCGCAACUCGUCGAGGGGCAUAUCUGCAGCGAGGGGUCCUAAAAGUCAAGGGAGCGAGCACCACCAGGAGAUCAAAGCCCCAUCUUUUCUUUUUUUUUAAUGCACAUCUGUGGGCUUUGAUUUCCCGACUCGUGUCCAUCUUGACCUUAUAAAACUCCUGUCCCUACAAAUGUCCCCCAAACUGUUUGCAAACACCCCCUUUCCUUGCAGUUAGGAGUAAUUUUUGGGGUGUGUGUGUGUGGAAAGGGGAAACGGUUUGGGUUUCUCUUUUUUUCAAUUUUUAUCUCCUUUCGUUCUUUGGGGUGGGUAUUUGGGUCUUCCUCGUUUGUUUUUGUAUAUUCUGUACAGUCGAAGAAAAGGUUUGAAAAGAGAAAAAGGACACACACACACACACCCAGGCACUCCGAAGGGCUGAUGAUCCUGGAAAUCACCACAAACAGCGUUAUCACUGUGUGAUAGUUUCUACGCACCACAGUCGUUUUUUUAAAAAAGAGAAAA